CUCAGUCCUGUCCUCGCUCCCCAAGUGUCUCCACCGCAGCACAGGACAUGGGGGUUUGGGGUUUUAUUGCUGGGGCUGUUUUUCUGCUCCUGAUCUUGGCCGUCAUAGGUUUCCUUCUGGUCUGUGGAUAUAUCUACUACCUCCACUUAAAAUAUGACCACAUCCCUGGACCCCCCAGAGACAACCUUUUACUGGGACACUUGCCAUCACUGAUGAAGAUGAUGAGGAAUAGCGAGAUAAUUUAUGACUCCUUCUUUGAAUGGAUAGAGAGGUACGGUCCGGUAAUACGUCUCAAUGGAUUCCACAAAGUGAUGAUCUUUGUUGUCAGCCCAGAAGGAGUUAAGGAAUUUUUGUUAUCACCAAAAUAUACCAAAGAUGAUUUCUAUGAUGUUCUGCACAACCUGUUCGGAGCGAGAUUUAUGGGAAGAAGUUUGCUCGCAGAUCAGAACUAUGACCACUGGCACAAACAAAGGAGGAUUAUGGAUCCAGCAUUCAAAAAAGCCAACUUACUAGAGUCCUUGGGAAUUUUUAAUGAAAAAGCAGAGGAAUUGAUGGACAGACUAACAGAAAAGGCCGACUGGAAAAGCCAGGUUGGGAUGCACAAUAUGAUGAAUAGAGUCACACUGGACGUCAUAGCCAAGGUAACUCUCAGCAUUUCAUAG